CGCUUCGCGCGGUGAGUGGCUGAGGUGGCCGUUACCUCUGCCCUUUGCCCCUUGACCGAUCUGCGCCGCUUCCUGCCGCAGCCUAAGAUGGCGGCUGAGGUGGACUUCGGGGAUCGCGAGCUCUUCGAGCAGCUGGACGGUGACGAGGCGGCCGCCCCGACGACGCAGCCGCUUCAUAUCCGCUUCGAGGAGGAUGAGGAGCUGGAGGAGGCCGGGGAGGCGCUGCGGGAGCGGCUGAGGGACUCCGAGGAGAUGGUGCGGCAGUUGCGGUCCGAGAAUCAAGAACUUAGAAGAAAACUGAAGAUUCUGACACGACCAAGUGGACUUUCAGUGGACAGUUCUAAGUUAGAUGGACCUUUGUUACAGAUUUUAUUUAUGAACAACGUUAUUUCAAAGCAGUAUCAUCAAGAAAUUGAGGAUUUUAUUUCUAGUUUAGUUCAAAAAUAUGAGGAGCAACAGAGAGCUGAACCAGAAAGGACCCACUUCAAUGUUAAGCCUCAGCCAUCCAGUGUUCUGUUGGAAGAGGACCAUAAAGUGACAAGUUCGAAUACAAUAAAAAAAAUUAAGGAAGCUUUCAGUGUUGUAGGAAGUGUUCUAUAUUUUACCAAUUUUUGUCUUGAUAAACUGGGACAACCUAUAUUAAAUGAAAAUCCACAGCUGACAGAAGGAUGGGAAAUACCUAAAUACCAGCAAGUUUUCAGCCAGAUUCUCUCUCUGGAUGGUCAAGAAAUACAAGUAAAAGCAAAAAGGCCAAAACCUCAUUGUUUCAAUUGUGGUUCUGAAGAGCAUCAAAUGAAAGAUUGUCCAAAGCCACGGAAUGCUACCCGUAUAAGUGAGAAAAGAAGAGAGUUCAUGGAAGCCUGUGGUGAAGCAAGUAACCAGAACUUUCAGCAACGUUAUCAUGCAGACGAAGUAGAAGAGAGGUUUGGGAAGUUUAAACCAGGAAUAAUAAGUGAAGAACUUCAAGAUGCGCUUGGUGUCACAGAUAAGAGUCUUCCUCCAUUUAUAUAUCGCAUGCGCCAGUUGGGUUACCCCCCAGGUUGGCUCAAAGAAGCUGAACUGGAGGAUUCAGGACUUGCACUUUAUGAUGGAAAAGAUGCUACUGGUGGUGAAACAGAAGAUGAAAGACCCUAUCAACAAAACAAAUGUGUCACUUAUGAUGUCUCUAAGUUAAUAAACUAUCCGGGCUUUAAUAUGUCUACUGCAAGUGGGAUCUCAGAUGAAUGGAGGAUAUUUGGUUCCAUACCCAUGCAGCCAUCUCAACAGAAGGACGUUUUUGCUAGCUACCUUUCUAAUUUUCAGCCAAGUCCAAAAUCUAGCAAUAAAAGGUCUGCAUAUCCAUCAAGUUCUCACAAUUCAAAGAAGGUAAAAGGAGACAAUUCAGCAGUAUCAGUAGCUGACAUGGACAUGGAUUCUGAUUUGGAAAUGCCACACAGUUCUCUAGCUUAUGACAAUUUUCAGUUCCAACCUCCACUGCCACCUGGGUCUCCAUCGAUUGCAACUCCGCCCCCAUUGCCACGAGGCACUCCUCCACGUACUCCACCCAACUUCACAUCCCCUCUACCUCCAGCGCCUACUGCCUCUCUUCGCAGGAAUACUCCAGCAUCAACUCCUUCCAGUGAUGCUGCUCAGCCAAGAGUGGGGGAUUCAGCCAUGGAUGAAGAUACUUUGACCCUAGAAGAGCUUGAGGAGCAGCAGCGAUUGAUUUGGGCUGCACUUGAGCAGGCAGACAGUACAAACAGUGACUCUGAUAUACCUGCUGAUACACCUUUAACUGGAAACUCUGUUACAUCAUCACCAUCUAGGAAUGAACUGGACAUUAUUCCAGAAGGAAGAACCUCUGAGAAGCUGGUUGCAAUGGAAAUAGGGAUUUCAGACACUAGUAUGCAGAUAUCCGGAACCGAACAUUCUAAAAGUGACCCUAAUUCAGGGGAUAGAUUGCUUGACCUAAAGGAAGGUGACACUGAUCAUGUGGAUUCAGAAGGCAUGCUGGAGAACAGCACUACAGGCUCAAAAUGUGAGGUUAACAAUGGAGGAAAUGAAGGUAUUACUCAUGUGGUCACCAGUGCUGAAUCAUCUACAAAAAAUUCAAAUCCUGUUCCUGACAUGAGCAAGUUUGCGGCAGGAAUAACACCAUUUGAGUUUGAAAAUAUGGCAGAAUCAACUGGUGUUUAUCUUCGAAUACGAAGUGUAUUAAAGAAUUCCCCAAGAAACCAGCAAAAAAACAAAAAGGCUUCAGAUUAACUUGUCUUCCUUUAAGGUUUUAUGGGGGCACCAUAAAACAAACUUAAAGUAUCCACCAAAUUGGAUAAUCUCAUGUGUCCUUUUGUGAAAAACUUUUUAGUAGUUAAGAGUGGACUAAUAUAAUUCUUCUGUGUUCUUCCCUAGAGGUUGUUUUUUAUUAUUAUUUUUUUAAGUUCAUGCAGGGCUUCCAUUUGACCAGGACCAAUGUUAACCGUUCAAUACAUCAGAACUUGACUAAAUCAAAACCUUCCACUAAGGGGUGUAAGGACUAUUGAUUUAUUUGUUUAGCAUAUUUUACACUCUGAUACAUGAAACUCUUAAAACAGUGAGGCAUCGGUUGCUGUUUAAUAUUUUGGUUAAGAUUUAUAUUAUCGUUAAUGGUGAGUUUCAGGUGGAAUGUUGGUUUUUAUCUGUCCUUUAUACAUUAGUCUGCUCUUUCUACAUUUUGCUAAUUAUCUUGUAGAUAAGUUUAAUAUAUUACAGUUUUUAAAAAUUCCAAUAUUUUAAAAUGUUCCACAUGAAAAGUCCUGGCAAUCAGAUGGGAAUAAUCAGGGAUGACCAGCAUUAUCCUCAACAUUUCGGAUAUUUUUUAUAAAUUAAUUGUGGGUCAAUUUUUAAGCACCACUUCUACCUUUUGUAACAUCAUUCUUUAUGUAAACUUGCUGUACAUACCUGUUCAUUCUUGUGUACAGAGGUUUAAUAAAUGAGUUUUCAUAUAAA